CGCGCGCUGAUGUGGCGGGCAGCGGGGCCGGAGCUGCGGCUCCUCUCGCGAGAUCCGGGGCGGCGCCGCCGCGGAGACGCGUUAGAAGUGCGGAGCGACGGUUGGGGCAGGGGAGUUGAGGUGAAGUAUGAGAAUACAGUCAAGAGUUAGAUGGACUUCUGAAGGUGUUACUCAAAUUUAAAUUAGCAAGUAACAAAAGGAAGAAAAAUGGAGACGGAGACUGUUGUGAGUCUUAGACACCAACUGAAGGAAGCAGAGAACGAGCGCAGAAAGGCGGCACAGUAUGGGCUGCAUUUAUUGGAGUCCCAGAGUGAAGUGCAGAAUCAGUUGGAUCAAACACGCCGGGAACUGACUGAGAAAACUGAGAAAUUUGAACAAGAUAAAUACUCUCUUCAGAGAGAAAUUGAACUCAAGAAUCGGAUGUUGGAAAGCUUGAGUUUUGAAUGUGACUCCCUAAAGCAACAACAAAACAUGCAACUGGAUAAACAGAAAGAACAGCUUGCCAGAGUCUAUGGACAAGAAAUCAGUGACCUUAAAAACAAGCUGGAGAAUCUGAAAGCUGAACUAGAUGAAACCCGACUCUCAGAGAAACAAUUAAGACACAAAGUGGAUCAUCAGAAGGAAAUAAUUGCUGCCAAAUCAGAAGAGCUGCAUAUGAUGUCUGAACGUGUACACGAGACCAUGUCUUCAGAAAUGCUUAAUCUUCAGAUAGAACUUGCUGAACUAGAAAGUGUCAAGGCCAGUGUUGAAGAGAAGCUGAAUGAACUGCAGUACAGUAAAGAACAAUUAGAGCUUGUGAACAGUAACUUGCGUAAUCAACUGGAGCGUCUGCAGGGAGAAAAAGAAGAGAGGGAGAAGGAAAUUCUUUCUUACUGUAAUUCACUACAGAAAGCUCGUGAAGCUAAUCAAGAGCUUCAGGUUCAGCUGGAUCAUGCAGUGCAGCAAUCUUUGGACCCCACAAGUAAAGGCAAUUCUCUCUUUGCUGAGGUGGAAGACCGUAGGGCAGAAAUGGAACGGCAGCUGAUCAGUGUGAAAAUAAAAUAUCAGUCACUACAAAAACAGCAUGCAUUCACUAGAGAACAAUUGCAAAGAAUGAAGCUGCAAAUGGCUACACUGCUACAGAUGAAAGGUUCUCAAGCAGAAUUUGAGCAGCUGGAACGUUUACAGUCCAUGUUAGAACAAAAGAACGGUGAGAUAGAAGAUCUUCUUAUGAAAGUGAGGCAUCUAGAAAAAUUUAAGACUUUAUAUGAGAAUAUGGAAGAAUCCAAAGCUAGUAGCAGCUCAAAAGCAGGGGAGUCUGAAGAUGGUUACUAUGCAGACUUACUGCAGAUGAAACUUGAGAGCUCCAACAAGGAAACAGAGGCCUUGAAAAAUGAACUCUCCUUGCAGAGGAUGAAAGCUCUGUAUGAGAGCCAAAGGGUUCUGGAAGUUGAAAGGAAACUCUUCACAAAUGAGAGGCAUUUGCAAGCUUGUCAGAGUGAGAACAUGAACUUGAGAGUUAUGCUGGAUGAGCUAAAAAUGAAAUAUGAACCUGAAGAGUUACUUAAGGGCACUAAAAAUAAGAAGAGGGAGAAGAUUCCAGUGGACAGUACUUGUGAAUACUUGGACAGCAAAAAUGCUUCAGUAAAGGAAGCUGCUCUCACUCAACUGCCAAGUAAGGAAGAAACAAAGAUGACUUCCAAGAGUUUGGAUCAAAGUGAUGCUUCUCAAAACAAACAUGCUCUUGAAGCACCAAUAAGUAUAGCUCUUCAAGCAGUGAAAAACAUGGUUGAACCUGAGAGAGAAAGGAAGAGAGUUAAAACUAAAGUUGAGAAUGAAGAUGCCUUUACUUCAUCCAGUUCAAGUAAUUCCUUGACUUCACCUGCCCCCAGGUUAACAGCUGAAUCCAGUUUUGAGACUACGGAAAAAGAAGAUAAGAAAGAAAAUAAAAUCACGACUGAGAAGAAAACACAAAAGAAAAAAUAUACAACUCUGUAUGUAUCUUCCAAGACAGCUUCUGAAACACAAUGUGCCCAGCAAUAAAACUUACAUUUCUGGAAGGAACCUUAAGAAUAAGAAGGAAAUAUUGUGUGAACUUAGGUCACACAUAAAUGUAGAGAUUCCUAACUUAAAUAUUGAUCUGCCUUGUUUUAUCAGGGCUGUGCUGUUUAUAUCCUAACUUGCCAGAGGUCACCUGCUCAGUUCCCUGGCUUGUCAUGAAUCUGUCUGUAAACACCACAUGUUAUUGGUUUGCAGCCCUGGGCUAUGCUGAAGUGAAAGAUAAGUACUUGCUACAGAAGUCUUACUACAUGAUAAGACAGGGGUCUACAACUUGACUAAGUUAUGAGCUCCUAAUUUUUUUUACCCUGGGUUCAGAGUUCUUAACAUUUUUCCCCCUAAUGUACAAUUGUUACCUUUCAUAUUGACCUUACUGCAAAGAUGCAUAUGAAUCUUUUUAUUAAUUGUCAGGCAGUAUUGUUUUGACACUCACUGCUUAUAUUUGUACUAAAAUUAAAACCUUUUUCUUCCUCUAUAAAAAGUAGGCAAUAUUGUAUUUGAGAAAAUAAUUAUCUAAUGCUGUCAGACUUUUUGACUGGGACGUGAAGUAUUUUGUAGAAAGGAUUUUUUU